AUGAAAGAUGACCUUCUGCAGGUAGAAGUGAUGGGGUCGCUGUGUUCUAACAAAGGUGCCCCCUUUCAAAGGUCUCAGCAUCCUCACGCUACCUCCUGCCGCCACUUCCACCUGGGCCCCCCGCAGCCACAGCAGCUCGCCCCCGACUUCCCGCUGGCCCACCCCGUGCAGUCGCAGCCGGGCCUGAGCGCCCACAUGGCCCCGGCCCACCAGCACAGCGGCGCCCUGCACCAGUCGCUGACCCCGCUGCCCACCCUGCAGUUCCAGGACGUCACAGGUCCCUCCUUCCUACCUCAGGCCCUGCACCAGCAAUACCUCCUGCAGCAGCAGCUCCUGGAAGCCCAGCACCGCAGGCUCGUCUCGCACCCCAGGCGGAGUCAGGAGCGUGUUUCCGUCCACCCCCACCGUCUCCACCCCAGCUUCGACUUCGGCCACCAACUGCAGACCCCUCAGCCCAGGUAUCUGGCUGAGGGCACUGACUGGGAUCUCAGCGUGGAUGCCGGCUUGAGUCCUGCUCAGUUCCAGGUGCGGCCCAUCCCUCAGCACUAUCAGCAUUACCUAGCGACUCCUCGAAUGCACCACUUCCCUAGGAACUCCUCCUCUACACAGAUGGUCGUCCAUGAAAUCCGAAACUAUCCUUACCCUCAGCUUCACUUCCUUGCUCUCCAAGGACUAAAUCCCAGCAGACACACUUCUGCUGUUCGGGAGAGCUAUGAGGAACUGCUGCAGCUCGAGGACAGGCUGGGAAAUGUGACUCGGGGAGCUGUGCAGAACACCAUUGAGAGGUUCACUUUCCCCCACAAAUACAAGAAGCGAAGACCCCAGGAUGGCAAAGGCAAGAAGGACGAGGGGGAAGAGUCUGACACUGAUGAGAAAUGCACAAUUUGUUUGUCUAUGCUGGAAGAUGGAGAAGAUGUGAGACGCCUGCCCUGUAUGCAUCUCUUCCACCAACUGUGCGUGGACCAGUGGCUUGCAAUGAGCAAGAAAUGCCCCAUCUGCCGAGUGGACAUUGAGACACAGCUGGGAGCCGAUAGCUGAGGGAGGAGUUAGCCAGUGGACACCCCAUUUCCUUCACCAGGUCCCCCCACGGCCAUAGCCCUUGCAGCCAAACUUUGCCUUCUGAGCCAUUUGAUGUAGAGGAGAAGCCUGCAAGCACAUUUCGUGGAAAGAGGAGUCAGUGGUAUCAGUGUCUGAGGGAAGGAGAGGGUGGGGGAGGACCCACCCAUCCACAUGGCGACUGCCCCAUCCGCCUUGCUCGCAGGAGGGAGGGAGCUGGCCGUGCCCUGCCCAGAGCGGGGGUGGGAAGGGGGGGCCCACGCCGCUGAGAACUAGACGUGAUCCCGAGGGCACUAGCGGAUAGAUGGCCCCUCAAUCCUGACCUUCGAAGGAUUGUAUAUAUACCUCUGGACCACGUAGAAACCAUGUAGGGGUCUCUAGCUAUUUCUGUGGAUGGCAGCCAGAGCAUGUUAGCUUAAGAAAAACGUCGUGUGUGGUGCUCUAGUCAUCUUGUGGUGGACAUGUCGCUAUUACUGAACUUGCACCAAAUAUUUCUCAUUGAGUUUCUUGUUUUGGUGCCUGACUGAACCAACCAACGACAGCCCCAAUUUUCCCGUCUUUAUGA